AUGAAGUUUCGGAAACGAAGCCCCAAGACCUCCAUCAACUGGGUCCACUUCGCUUCCCUUGCGAGUGAAUGGGAAGAUUCCGUUAUCGACAACAUCGACGAAGAAUACAACCGGCUCGUCGACCAUCUUCAUGAUAGUGCUACGAAAGCAGAGAGUCUACAAGUAGCCAAGAGACGACUCUUUUCGAAGACUCUCGAGCUGAUACGCCAGCGUGGAAUCGCGCGAGCUACAGGCAAUUAUCAACAAACGUCCCAACUUACGAAGCUAUGUAGAAAAGCGAUAAAGGAACAUCUGAAAGAGAGAAGAGCAGCAGUCAUGGAUGAAGCCGCCGAGGCCGGAAAGAGCAUUCGCAAAGCCCGACGGAGCUUCGCCAAUUACAAGACCAAGAUGACCUCCCUUCGUCGUCCUGACGGAACCGUUACUGCUUCCCGGAGGGCAAUGGAAAAGGUCAUCUACGACUUCUACUCGGAUCUCUUUGACAGUCACGUCUACCUGCCUACUCACCAUCUUAGGCAAGACGAAUAUAUCGCUCUUCGGUUCUCCCUCUCGAAAUACGACAUGCCAUCAGAUCGAUGA